AUGCUUGUCAACGAGUCUUCCGGAGUUCUCAUGGUUCUACACGGUUCCGGUACAUUAUCGAACGAAUGGAAUCGUUGGGCACUCACCAUAAGCGAUCUCUCCUAUCUCAUAGAGAAGCCUAUACUACUAUAUCUCGCCUUUUUACGCUGUAGGACCGUAUUUGAACCAUACAGAAAGCAUCCUAAAAUACAUUACACCCUGAUUGGAUUACGUGCAAUUGAGUUAUUUAUCACUCUCAUAGUAAAUAUAUAUGAAAACAUUUCAUGUAAUGAGUCAGUCAUGGGGCCCAGUUGUUCUCAAGCGAACUUGAUUUGGAAAAUUCGUGACGGCAUGGCUCCUACAUUUAGGUUAUAUUACAUUAUAUCCGAGAGUAUUUUCUAUGUGAAAUUAUUUCAAACCUUGAGUAAACGUUACGACAACGAUUCGAAGGGUCAACAACUAUUAAGACUUCGCCGAUAUCAAACGUUGAUCUUCACUCUCGAUCUCAUUUGUUUAAUUUCAAUGAGCGUUUACAGAAUUUUAAUUCUUGUCCAUAGUGACUUGCCAACUUACAUAUAUUUAGAGAUAUUUAGCAGUGCACUCACAGUAUUCGUGCUGACAGAAUUCGGACUCUCCUUACCUGAAAUAUUCAAGUUAUCGAAAUCCGAAACCGUGAUCAGCGAGAAAAAUUCUUCUGGUGAUGUAACACGACAGACUAUUGUUCCUAUUCCGCAAAGCAAGCACCUGAGUCCGGGAAUGAAGAAUUCGAACUCCUUCAUCGCACACAACUCACAUACCGAUACGUUUGGAUUAAUCAAGUCCAAUGAUGUCAACAACUCAGCUAUAUUAUGA